AUGGCCUCUUCGACUAUGGCCCCCCAGAGAAACGAGCCAAUCGCAAUCGUUGGCAGCGGUUGCAGGUUUCCAGGAGGUGCCAGCUCACCUUCCAAACUAUGGGAGCUGCUUCGAGAACCUCGCGAUGUACUUUGCGAAAUCCCUCCGAGCCGCUUUGAUGUUAACGGGUUUCAUCAUACGGAUUCCCAGUUUCCCGGUCGUACCAAUGUCAAACAUUCCUAUCUGCUUCAGGAGGACGUCGCCAAGUUCGAUGCCCAGUUCUUCAAUAUCACAGCGUCAGAAGCAGUGGCUAUGGACCCUCAGCAGCGUCUUCUCCUCGAGACCGUAUACGAGGGGUUGGAAGGUGCUGGCUUGACAAUUGAAGGCCUCAAAGGCUCCAACACGGGCGUUUACGUCGGUGUUAUGUACGUCGACUACGAGUCUCUGCAGUUUCGCGACUUGCAGCACGUUCCAACAUACCUUGCUAUCGGCACCGCUCGUAGUAUCGUUUCCAACAGGAUAUCGUACUUCUUCGACUGGCACGGACCCUCACUGACUGUUGACACCGCAUGCUCUUCAAGUUUGGUCGCCGUGCAUCAAGCCGUACAGGCUCUGCGUUCCGGAGAGGUCCGCGUUGCAUUAGCGGCAGGAAGCAAUCUCCUGCUCGGCCCAGAGCCAUACAUCCACGAGAGUAAGCUGAAAAUGCUCUCUCCUGACGGCCGAUCUCGCAUGUGGGACCAGGGCGCCAAUGGUUAUGCCCGUGGCGACGGUGUUGCCGCUGUGGUUCUCAAGACGCUGAGUGCCGCAUUGGCGGACGGAGACCAUAUCGAAGCCAUCAUCCGCGAGACCGGUGUGAACCAAGAUGGUCGCAGUCGCGGUAUUACGAUGCCCAGUGCAGCGGCGCAGGCGUCGCUAAUCCGCGCCACGUAUGCCAAGGCAGGACUCGACCCGGAGUCGAAGACAGAUCGAUGCCAGUAUUUCGAAGCUCAUGGCACAGGUACGCCGGCAGGCGACCCGGUGGAGGCCGAGGCCGUGCACACGGCGUUUUUCGGGAACGGAAACCUUGAUGCGGACCGCCUCCUCGUCGGAUCCGUAAAGACCAUCAUCGGCCACACAGAAAGCACCGCUGGCCUAGCUGGUAUACUCAAGGUCGUGCAAGCUAUGCAACAUGGUUUUGUCCCGCCAAACAUGCUGUUGGAGAAUCUCAACCCGAACGUGCUCCCUUUCUACCGCCACUUGCAGAUCCCUCAGGAGCUCACCCCAUGGCCGCAGCCUCCGCCAGGGCAAAGCCGGCGCGCUAGCGUGAACAGCUUCGGAUUUGGUGGAACCAAUGCGCACAUUAUACUCGAAAGCUUUGAGCCGUCCGACUCUCCAAGAGACGGCGAGGCUCAAGCAGUCGCACCUUUCCUCUUCUCAGCGCAGUCGAAGCAAUCACUUCUGUCCAGUCUCGCCGUCCAUGCUCAAUACUUGGAGCGGCAUCCCGACACCAGUCCUACGGACCUUGCUUGGACUUUACGGUCACGCCGCUCUCGUCUCCCCUUACGGCUUGCGUUGCCUGCGUCAACUAUUGAGGUCCUUCAGACCAAUCUGAAGGGGAUAAUUGGCAACAGCAACUUCCAGCUCGACUCGAAGGCCGCCGGUACGAGCACCAAGGAGGCCCGCCUUCUGGGUGUGUUCACUGGUCAAGGUGCGCAGUGGGCUCGCAUGGGCGCCGAGAUCAUCGAGACCUCCAAGUACGCAGCUGACUUGCUGGCCACCAUGGAUGACGCCCUGGCACAACUACCUGAGGCGGAUCGCCCGUCUUGGACUUUGAAAGAGCAGCUACUCGCCGAUGCGAAGUCGAGCCAGGUUGGCAGCGCUUUUGUUGCGCAACCUCUGUGCACUGCUGUUCAGAUCAUACUCGUUGAGCUUCUUCGCCAAUGCGGCGUAAACUUCGCCGCCGUCGUUGGACAUUCUUCGGGCGAGAUCGGUGCCGCGUUCGCUGCCGGGGCGCUUUCUUCUGUUGACGCUAUCCGCAUUGCUUAUUAUCGUGGUCUGCAUUCUCGCCUAGCUGGCGGUAAUGAUGGAAUUCAAGGCGCUAUGCUUGCGGUCGGGACAACUUUGGAAGAUGCCGAAUCCAUCUGCAACGACGAGUACUUCUCAGGCAGAGUCAAGGUUGCCGCGUGCAACUCUGCCUCCAGCAUCACCAUCUCUGGGGAUGAAGAUGCGAUCGUGGAGAUGAUUGACAUUUUCGAAGACGAAAGCAAGUUCGUGCGACGUCUUCGUGUGGACAAGGCUUAUCAUUCGCACCACAUGAUCCCUUGUUCACAGCCAUAUCUGGAGUCUAUGAAGCCUUUCUCUAUUCAGAUGAAGCAAUCUGAGUCGAACUGUGUUUGGAUCUCCAGUGUCCGCCCUGACCAGUCUCUGGACGAGUCAAACAACCUCGAUGCCUCAUACUGGGUGGACAACCUGUUAUCACCCGUACUAUUCAUGCAAGCAGUCGAAAAAGCCAUGGAGCUUGGGCCCUUCGACGCUGCGAUUGAAGUCGGCCCACACCCCGCUUUGAAGGGGCCUGUGAUGGAUACGCUUCGCGACCAGAAGGUUGACAUUCCAUACACGGGACUACUCCAACGCAACACCAACGCUAUCCAGAGUGUUUCAUCUGCCAUCGGAUAUGUAUGGACGCACGUCGACAAUCUCAUCAUCGACUUUGACCGCUACGAAUCCGCGUUGGGUGGCCCGAAGUUGCACCGUUUCAUCUCGGAUCUGCCAACAUAUCAGUGGAAUCAUAUUCAAGGGUAUUGGCAUGAAUCUAACCUUUCACGAAACCUACGCACAAGGAGUCAACCAGUUCAUCAGCUUCUCGGCGACUUACAGCCCCAGAGCUCAGCACAUCAGGUUACAUGGAAGGCAAUUUUACGCCCUCAUGAUCUUCCGUGGGUUCAUCAUCAUAGGAUCCAGGGCCAAACGGUCUUUCCGGCAGCUGCAUAUGCCGCCACGGCGUUUGAAACGAUCCCUUUCCUGGCAGAUGAAACUCCCAUUCAGCUCAUAGAGAUUAAGGACCUGGUCAUCCACCAGGCUUUGGUGUUUGGAAACGACGAACAAGAGUCUGGCAUCGAGGUCCGAUCCGUGGUUAGCAACAUCAGCCGAGAAAACCCCGAUAUCAUCACAGCUCAUUUCACGUAUGAGGCGUGCAUUGGAUCGCAGCAGGAUUUCCAGCUUGUGGCCAGCUGCCAGAUAUUCGUUUUCAUAGGCGAGGCGUCUCCGGAGACGCUACCGGCAACGGCAUGCAUCGAGCCUUACAUGGUUGACGUGGAUACCGAGCUCGCAUAUUCCUCCCUGAACGAUGUUGGCUAUGGAUACACUGGUCCCUUCAAAGCCCUUUCUGGCUUGAAAAGGAAGCUUGGAAAAGCGUCCGGUUCCCUUGCCUUGACGACCCCCGAGCCCAGCGAAGAUGUUCUCAUCAUCCAUCCUGCGGUUUUGGACGCAGCUUUCCACUCAAUCAUCUUGACUUUCAGCUACCCUAAGGAUGGUAGGCUGUGGAGUCUGCAUCUCCCAACCCGCAUUGACAGGAUUAGGGUCAACCCCUCCCUAUGUGGACGUCACUGGUUGGGUGCUGCUCAAGUGCCAUUUGUUGCGUCCAUGUCCGAUGAAGCGGAGUCCCGAGACACCUCCGGGUUCCAAGGCGAUGUCGAUAUCCACGCCUACAAUGGAGAGCACACCGCUGUUCAAGUGGAAGGACUCCACGUUGUCCCUUUUACUCCUGCAUCCUCGGCCGACGACCAACAGCAGUUUUACGCAACGCACUGGGUCCAUUCCGAGCCUAACGCCGACAUUCCCGGCACGUAUGAAGCCUCGGUGCAAGACAAGGAAAUGGCAACCAUCCUUGAACGUGGCAGCUAUUUCUACCUCCGACAAUUGGAGCACCAAGUCCCAGAAGACCAUCUUGGGCGAUCUGACAUAUACAAUGCAGCUUAUCUGUCUUUUGCUUCUCACACACACAACCUCGUUCAGCAAGGCAAGCAUCGCUAUGCGAAAAAGGAGUGGCUCAAUGACACACUGGAGGAUAUUCUUGCUCUCUCUGAGCCGUUCUCGGAUCAACCCGAGAUCAAGGCUAUGCACAUCGUGGGAGAACAGAUGCCGCGUGCCAUUCUGGGAGAGACCACCAUGCUUGAGCACUUGAUGAACAACGGGCUACUGGCUGACUAUUACGCACAAGCCCGAAGUAUCACCCGAGGCACCAACCUCCUGGCUGAGACUGUGGUGCAAAUUUUGCAGCGGUAUCCCGAAAGCAAAAUCCUAGAAGUCGGCGCGGGUACUGGUCAGGCGACUAGAGAGAUUCUCAAGCGCGUUGACGAUAACUUCUCGACUUACACAUUCACGGAUGUAUCGGCGGCAUUCUUUGACAAGGCCGAGGCAGAGUUCGAGCAGUUUGAGGACAGAAUGCUCUACAAUGUUUUGGACCUCGAGCAAGAUAUGAAAACGCAAGGCUUCGAGGAGCAUUCCUACGACAUUGUGGUUGCCUCCUUCGUACUGCACGCUACGAAAAGCAUCGAGCAAACUGUGCGUCGGGUGCGAUCGCUCCUGAAGCCAGGCGGCUACCUCGUCCUUUACGAAGUGACGAACACCGAUAUCAUUCGUGGUACCGCCUUGUUCGGAUGUCUCCCUGGAUGGUGGCAGGGCAUAGAUGAAGGCAGAACCCUGGGCGCUUGCGUGUCUGAGUCUAAGUGGGAUGCCGUUUUGCGUAAGACCGGUUUCUCAGGAGUUGACACUAUGACGCCCGUCAAGGACGCGUUGUCUCUACCCAACUCCGUCAUGGUCUCACAGGCGGUCGAUGACUGGGUUGAGUUCAUUCGGGAACCCCUUUUGGCGUCUCCCUCACUUUUCGUGGGACAGUCCGUCAUCCAGCAUCUUUUCAUCAUUGGCGGGACCACUUUGCGCGUUUCUCGUUUGGUGCAGGAUAUUCGAAAGCUCAUCCACGCUUUCUGUGAAGACAUUACGGCGGUUGAAUCUCUAGAGAGACUCGAAGACUUCGAGAUCGACGAGAAGGCCACCGUCCUUGUUCUGGAGGAUCUCGAUCAUCCUGUCUUCAAAGACAUCACGGCGGCACGCUGGGAUGGUCUCAAGAACCUCUUCGGGUCUGAGAAGUCCAUUGCCUGGGUCACCCAAGAUCGCAUGAUCGACAACCCCUUUGGCAAUAUGGGAGUUGGAUUUGCGCGAUCGGCACUCUGGGAGAUCCCGGAGAUUCGCUACCAGUUCAUCGACUUUCAGGACGCGCACCGAAUCGACGCGAGGGCAUUGGUGGAAGCCGUACUACGCUUUCAGAUGUCUGGGUCUGUCCAGGAACAGAGUCAACGCAAAUCGCUAUGGUCGGUCGAGUCCGAGAUCGUCAUCGACUCAGACGGACGCCAGCUGGUUCCUCGGAUAAGACCCGUUGGCACUGCUAAUGAUCGCUACAAUUCGGCGCGCAGGACAAUCAUCAAGGAUGCCCAGACUCGGAGCUCCCAUAUCACCAUUGAGAAUGUGAACGAUCAAUAUGCCGUUGUCGAGCGGUCUCCACUGAUCAGUAGCUGUGGCGAUAGCAGCGCAGUGACUUUGAACUUGACGCAUUCAAGCUUGCAAGCCAUCAAGACUGAUCUUGGCGACGCGUUUUUGGUAUUGGGAAGCUGCGCAACAAAUGGUACUCAGUACCUAGGCCUUUGGGACUCUGUUGCGUCGGUCGUCAACAUACCUCAGAGUAGCUUGGUGUCUUGCUCUGUUCCCCUAGAGUCUGCACCGUUGUUCUUGACGGCUGUCGCUACACACCUCCUGAUGCCGGCGCUCACGGGUUCCCUCGUCGAAGGUGAUACUCUACUUGUACACAAUGCCCCUGGGUCAGUGACAGCGCUUCUCAGGAGUCGCCUUAACUCGGCUGGGAUCAAGUUGCUCUGUACAACUUCUUCGAAGCAAGCUGCGGAUCAGACCAACUUGAUUUACGUCGGUCGAUACAUGCGUCAAUCUGAGAUGAGAGCGCUUCUCCCUGCCAACAUCUCGCAAUGCGUCGAUUUCACAACCCGAGACGGAUCCCCAUCGGUCGCUUCCUGCCUGCCAGCUAGCGUCCCUGUAGUCAACAUUUCUUCGCUGUUGCCCGGAACUGCAAAGAUAACUCGAACCCCCGGUAACGAUGUCAAUAGUAUUCUCUCAUCCACGAUAGCUGAGGCACAUUCGGCUCUCGCGAACUGCCUGCAGGAUCACCCAACAGUCAGCCAAGUUAAUCUCCAGGAUGUUAGGAGAAGCAAUGAAGCAGCCGACGCGCUUACAGUUGUUGACUGGGACGCCUCUUCCGUCUCCAUAACUGUCCAACCUGCCACAGCCCAUUUCAAGUCAGAUCGAACUUACUGGUUGGUUGGGUUGUCUGGAGACCUUGGAAUUUCUAUUGCAGACUGGAUGAUUAGAAACGGCGCCAAGUACCUGGUCAUCACCAGCCGUAAUCCCAAGGUCGAUGAGACUUGGCUUAGAACCACGGAAUCCAGGGGCGCAGUGGUUCGCAUCAUCGCCUGCGACCUCACCGACUACGACGCACUCUCGCAGGCGCACCGCGAGAUUUCCGGCACGCUGCCCCCAAUCGCCGGCGUGUAUCAAGGCGCCAUGAUCCUUUUAGAUAUGGCCCUUCGUGAUAUGGGGGUUGAGGACUUCAGCCGUGUUCUCCGUCCCAAAGUUGAUGGCAGUCUGAACCUCGAUCGUGUACUGGGAGAUGAACCACUGGAUUUCUUCAUCUUCUUUUCCUCCGUUGCCACUGUCGCAGGUAACCCGGGCCAGGCAGGCUACACGACCGCCAACCUGUUCAUGAGCGGCAUGGCUCAACAAAGACGCAAGCGUGGUCUGCCGGCGUCAGUCGUGGAGCUGGGCUUGAUCAUGGGUACAGGAUACAUCACCCGCGAGAAGGGCGACGUCCUAACGCGGCCUUCAUUCGAACGAGGACUCUUGACUAUUUCGGAAUACGAUGUCCAUCAGACGUUGGCAGAGGCUAUUCAAUAUGGCCAUCCUGAGUCGGGUGCCGAGUGGCAGAUUUCUAUCGGACUGAGACGGAUGCCGGCCAACGCGCCAAACCGACCGCAGUGGUACAACUAUCCUCAGUUUGCGUGUCUCACGGAGAGGGCCGCGGUUGAGGACACAAGCGCGGCUAACACACAGGCUGGCCCAACUAUCAAAGACCGAUUGGCCUCUGCAACGACGAAGGAUGAUGUUGAGGAAAUUAUCACUGAAUCCUUCAUCGCAGAGAUGCGAAAAAUGCUUCAUCUCAGUGACGAUUACGCCAUCACCCCCGCCGUCCGCACUGACGAGCUUGGUCUUGACUCGCUCGUCGCUGUCAGGAUCCGAUCCUGGUUUCUCAACAACUUCCAGGUGAACAUUCCUGCACUUCGAAUCCUCAAGGGCGAAGCGCUUCAAGGCCUCAUCGACUAUGCCGUGGAAGAGAUUCCAGAGGAGUUGGCACCCAAGUUGUUCUCCCUGCAGUCAGAAGACGACUCAUCAUCCUCUGAAGACUCGUCGCAAAAGUCAGGGACACCGCCGUCUACGGCUCCUGAAACGGAGACUUCAUCCAUCGUCAACGGCGACCUCGGCCUCAAGGAGGAAAAGGAGUUAGGACCACGAGAAGUCCAAAUGGAAAGGUUCGGGCGCUUAUCUUACACCCAGUCAGUAUUCUUGUUCGUGCAUGAGCUCUUGCCUGACAAGACCACUCUGAACAACACAGUUAUGCUCCAUCUUAGUGGAGAAGUACGCAUCCCCGAACUUUCCCGCGCCGUGCGAGCACUGGGAGAGCGCCACGAAUCGCUGCGAAGCUGCAUCUGCGAACACGAUGGCCAACCUAGCCAAGGAGUCAUGAAAACUCCGUCCUUCGGCCUCGAGCACAAGAGGAUAUACACCAAAGACGAACUAUUCAACGAGUACGCUGCUCUUCGUGGCCAUGUAUUCGACUUGAGCCGCGGUCAGACCAGCCGGACGAUCCUGCUAUCAUACUCGCCACGAGAUCAUUACCUUUUGAUGAGCUCGCACCACAUCUUUUUCGAUCGAGCGAGUAACGAUGCCGUCAUGGGCGACUUGGAGCGACUGUACAACGGAGUUCCUCUUGAGCCGAGCCCUCUUCAAUACCUCGACUACUCUGACGAUCAGCAAAGACAAUACUCAUCGGGACAGUGGGACGAGGCUAUCGGCUUCUGGAGUCGGGAGUUUACCACCAUACCCGAUGUUCUGUCGCUUCACCGCAGCCAGAUUUCCGAGCGACGGCCCCUCGAACGUUACGCAUCCCGCAUCCCGGACUUCCGCAUCGACAAGCAGCUCUCGGCCAAGAUUCGACAAGUUGCGAGAAAGUACCGCGCCACGCCGUUCCACUUCCACCUCGCUGCCUUCAAGGUGCUUCUACAUCGAUUCCUCGGCACAACCGAUGUUUGCAUCGGCAUCGCGGAUAGCUGCCGCAGAGACGACCACAUGCGCACCGGCAUCGGUCCGUUUCUCAACAUGCUACCCCUACGGAUGGCCGCUAGCGCGGAGCAACCGUUCCUCGGCGCCUUGGACGAGGCUCGAGAGAAGAGUUUCGCGGUCCUCGCCAACUCAAUCCCUCUCGAAGUUAUUCUGAACGAGCUCCGAGUCUCGCGUCAGGCCACACACACGCCACUGGCACAAGCAUUCAUGAACUACGCCGAGAACGAUCUUGAAGAUGGUCAGACAUUCCUCGGCUGCCGCAUGAAGAUGAUGAAGCAGGAAAUGGCCGAGCUUCCCUACGACAUCACUUUCACUGUCAUCAACAACACUACCGGCGACACGCGCAUACUCCUGAACUUACAGGAGUCCCUAUACACGGAUUCUGACGCGCAAAUCUUGCAGCAUGGAUACGAGGAUAUUCUCCGAGAGUUCGCGAACGCACCGGACCAGACGGUUGGCAAUAAAUGGCACUUCAGACCUGCGGUUCUACAAAAGGCUCUUGCACUAGGACGCGGCACGGAUUUCAACUCCACCUGGCCCGAAACCCUGGUACAUCGAUUCGAAGGCUUCUUUCCAAGCGUCGCGGAGAAAGUAGCCGUCACCGACAGUGCUGGUGCCUCAAUGACCUACGCACAGCUUUCUUCUCGGAUGAGUACGAUUGCAUCCGAGUUGCUCCGCCAAGGUGUGCAACCCGGCUCGAAAGUUGCCGUCUUCCAGCACCCGUCAGUUUGUUGGAUCCCUUCCCUUCUCGCAAUUCUCAGGAUUGGCGCCGUCUAUGUACCGCUCGACGUCAACACUCCCGUCGCCAGACUGUCCUCGAUCGUGCGCGACUGUCAGCCGGCCUCGAUUCUUGUUCACGAGUUCACGAUUGGUGAGGCAGAGAAGCUGGACACUGAACCGAACCAAAUCUUCAUCAACGUGUCAGGUUUGAAAGACACAAGUGAGGAAGCGAUUCCCAACCUCGCUCGGCCAGACGCACCGGCAAUCAUCCUGUACACCAGUGGCUCGACGGGAACCCCGAAGGGAGUCAUCCUACGCCACAGCAGCCUGAAGCACGAGUUCGACCAUUGUGCUGCCACGUAUGGGAUGAAUGAGCAUGAUGUCGUCUUGCAACAGAGCGCAUGGAGCUUCGACUUGUCCGUGACGCAAAUCUUCUUGGCGCUUGGCGUAGGAGCCCAACUGCAUACAGUUUCCCACACCAUGCGUGCAGACUCGCAUGCGAUGGCUGAGCUUAUCCAACGUCAAGGAGUGACGGCCACCUACGCGACUCCAACUGAGUACAAGAGCUGGCUGAGGCGCGAAAGCCAGGACGGAUUACGGUCAUCGGCCUGGCGCCUGGCCCUGGUUGCCGGAGAACCUGUCACGGAGCCGCUUCUCCAACUCUUCCGCGAGGUGGAUCGCGAUGGCCUCCGUCUUUUCAAUGUAUACGGCCCGACUGAGACGACAUGUGGCUCGACCAAGACGGAGCUAUCGUAUCGUAUCCCUGGUUUCUAUCAAGGUACAAUCCCCGUCGGAGUGGCAUCUGCAAACGAGUGGUUCUACAUUCUGGACGCAAGCCAGAACCUCCAGCCCGUGGGCCAGACCGGUGAAAUCGCCAUCGGUGGUGUGGGGGUUGCAAUGGGAUAUUUAAACAUGCCUGACCGUACUCAAGCAUCCUUUUUGCCGGAUCCAUUCGCGACUGAGGAAGACUCGAGGUGCGGGUGGGCGACCAUGUACCGGACAGGCGAUGUCGGGUUCUUGCAGCACGAUGGCUCGCUUGUACUGAAAGGCCGCAUCGGGGACGACACCGAGAUUAAGCUCAAUGGCGUGCGGAUAGACCUGAAGGACGUGGAGAACACCGUACUACAAGCGUCCGGUGGUGCUCUUGCCGACGCCGUAGCCUCCCUCCGCAGCACUUCUGAAGGGGCGGUUAAGUUCAUGGUGGUCCAUGUCGUCUUUUCGACUGAGAACCUGGCCGAGGAUAGGAGCAAGUCCCUCCAAAGACUUCUUGCCGAGUUACCACUGCCGCGAAACAUGUGUCCAUCGGCCCUCAUCCCGAUCGAUGCCCUUCCCAGGACCGUGGCUGGCAAAGUCGAUCGGCGUGGGAUCUCCUCAUUGCCCAUCCCGCGGGGGCUUUUCCACAAGGCCGAACACGAGACAGAGGAUAUUGCAGGGUCAGCAGCGCUUUCCAAGACCGAAAGGACACUUCGACGCUUUUGGGAAACCGUGAUCCCCGAUGAGCUGGUAGGAUUGCACCGGAUCGAAGCCAGCUCGGACUUCUUCACUAUCGGAGGCAACUCUCUUCUUUUGAUCGAGCUGCAAGGCCGAAUCCGCGCGGAUCUCGGCGUCUUUGUCGCCCUGCCACAGCUCUUCCAAGCUACCACCUUGAGGUCGAUGGCCCGACUUCUUCCCGGAAUAAAAGACACCGACCCGGAAAGCGACACUCGAGUUGAUUGGGCUAGUGAAACCGCACUGCUGUCCGGGCUGGCAGCGCCACAACUCAUCGCCAAUCCGGCCGCAGCCCCGCCUCGCACAGUUGUGCUGACGGGAGCCACGGGGUUUCUCGGCCGGUAUCUUGCCAGAUCUCUGGUCAACGAGGAGCACGUCGAGAAGGUCAUCUGCAUAGCCGUCAGAAACUCAACAGAUCAAGCUCGCCAAGAUCUCCUCUCCCAGCUCGGGCCCAAGGCGGAACUCUUCGAGGGCGAUCUAAGCUUGCCCCGCCUCGGCCUCACUGAAGACGCAGCUCUUCGGAUCUUCCAGGCCGCAGAUGCAGUCAUUCACAACGGGGCCGACGUGUCGCAUCUCAAGACAUACACUUCACUUCGCGCCGCCAAUCUCGGAGCAACGCAAGAACUCGUUCGGUUGUGCAGUCCCCGGCACACCCCGCUGCACUAUAUCUCCACCACGGGUGUUGCCAUGUACACGCCUUUCGAGGCGCUCGCAGAAAUCUCAGUUCGUGAGCAUACGCCCCCCGUGGACGGCCGACAUGGCUACGUUGCCUCCAAGUGGGCCAGCGAGGUAUACCUCGAGAACGCACACGCAGAAUGCGGCUUGCCGGUCUACAUCCACCGGCCGUCGAGCAUACUGCGUCCUGAAGCCGACAGAACGGGCGAGAACCCGGCGGCCGACGUCCUGCAGAACAUGCUCGACUACUCGCGGCGCGUCCGCGCCGUGCCGGCAGCACCUGGUCUGAGUGGCUUUGUCGACCUGGUACAGCCUGAGACGGUCACUGACAGGGUGGCGACCGCUGUCAUGUCUGGAGCUAGGAAGGGCGGUGUCGAUUACGUCCACGAAUCGGGCGACUUGGAGGUGGAUGUGAGGCUCAUCAGAGAGUACCUGAAGAGUGAAACAGGAGAAGAUAUAGAGGCACUGGCCCUGGACGAUUGGAUUGAUCGCGCCGAGGAGAUUGGCCUGUCACCUGCCAUGGCUGCCGUGUUCCGGAGUUCGUUGGGGUCUGGGGAGCCGAUGAAUCUGCCCAGGCUGCUGAGGCGUUAA